AUGGAGUUGCACCACGGCUCCAAGGACUUCAACUCCGAGGGCGGCAAGACUGCGCAAGCAGAGGCGAUUUACGAGCACUACGACUUCGUCCGCGGCUCCCUGGUCAACGACAUCGCGCUGAUCCGCCUCAAGAAGCCGGUGAAGCUCGACGACUUCACGAACGUCGUCUGCUUGCCCGAACGAGACGAGCGCGUUCCAUCCGGCACCGAGGCCUUCGUCGCCGGCUGGGGAUACAUGAACGAGAACGCCUUCUGGACCCAGGAUCUCGCGCGGGAGGUAAUGGUGCCCAUCGUGCCGCAGGAAUGGUGCGACGAAGCGUACACGCGGAAAAUCAACGAGGAAACUGAAGUUUGCGCUGGAUUCAAGGCUGGCGGAAAAGACGCUUGCCAGGGCGAUUCUGGAGGACCGCUGGUCACGAGGGAUUCCGGAAAAGGAGCGACUCUGCACGGCUUGGUAAGUUGGGGAUCAGGCUGCGCGCGCGCCGGCAAAUACGGAGUGUACACUCGAGUCGCUGGCUACAUCGACUGGAUUGAGGAAGCGAAGGAAGUGCUGGCCAACUGCAAGGCGCACAAGUGGUGCCAAGACGGAAAGAAGGUUUAUAACGAUCUCGCCGGGCCCGGACAGCUGGAAAAGGAGAAAGGAGGCGAGCCAGACGCGCAACUCAAAAACCAAAGAAGCCCGUGGCAAAACCGACUGUCCAAAAAGAAACGUCCUCGGAUCAAGUCUGCAAAGGAGUCGCUUUCUCCCAACUAA